GGGUGCUGUUUCCUCCGUGGCCGCUGUGCGCGCUGCGCAGCCAGAGAGCAAGGAGGGAUGAGGAAGUGGUUGGAUCAGGGAGGACCGGACUUCACGAUGAUGGUGUCGCUGUGAUGCGCCAGCAGCUUUCGGGAAAGCGGCGGUACCUGACAAUGAGAUGGGCAACUGCUGGGCUUACUGCGUGGGGCUCUUCCGGAGGGAAGCGAACCGGAUCCAGAGAGGAGGCGGGUCAAAAUACUUCCGAAGUACUACUACAGGAGAGCAUUAUACAAUAGAGUUUGAAAAUCUAGUGGAAAGCGAUGAGGCGGAGAGCCCGCUACCCUGCCCGAGGCCCAUCAGCGAAGACGAGAUCAAGAACCUGCGAGAGCACCGCUACGCCGCCAUCUCGGACGAGCAGGUCCUGAUCGACCGGAAGCUGCAGGCGGAGUUAGAGGCACAAGAGGAGAAGUUAAGGCUAGAAGAGGAGGCUAGAAAUGCUGCCCAGCGCGAGGCCGCCAGGCUGGCUCGUGAACGAAAAAUGAAGGAGCUGUCCGCCCAGAAGACGCGGGGGAAAGCCGACGGCUCCAGCGCAGAAACCCAGCAGAGAAAACCAAACUCCGGCGAGGAUUUUGACGUCUACCUCCAGAAUGUCAAAGCCCAGUCCGACGCUUUCAGGACCAACAGACUUCCCUCCGAGACAAAUGCGCUGACUCCCAACACAGAGUACAGCUGGGAUUUCACCACCAAGACCCGCUCCACCAACGACGACGGCACCUCGCUCGACUUGGAGUGGGAGGAUGAGGAAGGAAUCAACCGAGCGCUGCCGGCCUGGGAGCGCUCCCGGACCGAGGAGGACAUCCUGCGCGCGGCCCUGAGGCCCGGCGGCAAACCGGCCAACAGCGGGCCGACCUCGGCCUCCGAGGACUCCAACGCUCUGGAGUGGGAGAACGACUUCGUGAGUACUCACCCAGAGGACGGCGGAGACGCCGAGUUCGAAGGCUUCGUCAACCCGGUCCUGGACACUCCCUCAGAGGACGCCUCGGACUCUGGGCUCAGGGCGGACAACCAGGACAGAUAGUGUCCGGCACCAAAAGGAGACGUUUUCCCCGUGGCCUCACCAGCCGUUUGCCUCUGGAAUCACAAAUGUACUCCAUGGUACUCUGUAACGAAUCUGUGAUGCUGGAGAACGUAGUAAUGGGUCCACCGUAGUCCAGUGUAACCAAGGAUUUCUCACAUUCUUUCAGUGCCUUCAUCUGCUGUAAUGUCUGUCCAUUGAGCGUUUUAGCCGGACUUUCUCUAUCGUUUUAGACAUUGUUCAGCUUCUUUUUUCUUUUUUUAAAGAUCAGUGCUUGUGUGACUGGACCGAAACCUGAUUGUUGCCAAGAACCUUUAACGUGACCGGUUACUGUAAAAACAAGUGUCCGCUUUAGGAGGCGCUCAGCACACUCUCAGAUGAAAACGGACCCAUCUCACGAGGUUCUGGUUCAGCAAACAAAAGGGAAAGGUGUCAUUUUUUUUCCCAUCUCCGUGCCUGUGGACCAAAUGCAGCUCAUUUAUGAGGAGGAAAUAUUCAAAAGCAGGACAAGAGUCUACUUAAACUGACAUAAUGUGUUAGUUUCACCCUUUCAGGUUUUUUUUUUGUUUUUGUUUUGUUUUCAUUACAGCAAAACUGAAGUCUUUACCCUGGAAAUACUGUUUAAACGAGACGGCGCCAUUGGGCCUUUUCCACAUAGUUUAUAAAAGCACAGUUACGUUGGUGUA